GUACCAGAGAUAAAUCAGGACGUGCAGUGGCCAUAAUAACAACAAGAAACACAGCGUGGUUAAACCCUCACUGCAACACCACUGAGCUUGUACGCCUCCUUCUGUACUUGCAUAGCAUCCCAAGACCAGAAUGUCAGGCUUUGGGUCUGACUGUUCUUGUGGAUGCUCGUCGCUGUUCACCGGUUCCUGCUCUCUUCAAGGCAUUCAGCAUAUUGCAGGACAUAGAUCCUCAUUGUAUUCAUGGAGUACUGCUUCUGGUUGAAAGAGAUCUGACUUUUCGGAUGGAGAAACCACCAGCAGGACAGUUUGAACUUCUUACCUCCAUGAAAUCCCUCCAUAAGCACAUAGACAGCUCACAGCUGCCUCUAGAACUGGAUGGGACCUUCCCUUAUUGCCACCGGGACUGGUUAAGCUUCCGCAUGAAGCUGGAACAUUUGCUACAAGGAUGCCAAGGUGCUUGUGCCUUCCUCCAGGGAGCUAUUCAUAAAGUGGAAUCUGGAAAAUUACCAGAAAGAGCUGAGGAGGCAGCUGUGCUGCUGAGGAAUUACAGGCAGUUGAUGGAGAACGUUCUUGAAGACUCUCGGCUGGUCAGGCUGCAGCUGGAGGGUGGAGCACUCCUGGCCAGGCUGAGGAAGGAGGAGUCUUGUGUCACCUUCACCCAUGACUACAGAGACGCGCUUGAUGCUGCCAGCGUGCUUUAUAAUCGCGUUGAUGAGGGCGUUCAUCGGCUGGUGAUGCUGUCAAACAAGCGUAUCCAGGAACUGGAGCUGGUGAUGGAGUUCGAGAAAGUGGAAGAGUGUUUUAAGGAGGUCAGCAGUUGGAUUGAGAAUGUUGGCAGAAAACGGCUAAAGGAAACGAUCAACCUGGAUGACUCUUUGGAGAUGCUGCUUCAAGCACAAAAGCAGUUCAGGGAGUUUGAUCUUGUUGCCAGUGAAUAUUGCAGAAGGGGGCAGGAAGCACUAAAGAAGAUGGAUCGAUGGGAAGACUUUUCCUCUGUGGAUGUGCAUUCUUACAGGGUAAAGCUGCAGACCUACAAAGAUCAACUGGAAGAGUUCUGCACUCAGCUGGAUGAAAACAGGCACCGAAUCUGUGAGACCGUCAGACUGUAUGAAUUCUUUGACAAGGCGUACGAGUGGGCCUUGGAAGGGAUGCGACACCUUGCCUGCAUCAGCAUGGAGGACUGCAGCUCUGCCGAACACUGUGCAGGUGUCAUCAAGUGCCUGGAGAGUUACAAGGGGCAGCACCCAGACAUCAGCGAUGCCCGGUUCCAGGAGAUGAAGGAGCUGGCCUGUGAGCUGAAGAGUGACAAGGGACUCAAGCAGUGGAAAUUUGCAUGGUCCAAAUGCCAGGAGACCAAGCUGGUUUUUGAAAAGAAACUUGAAGCAGCCUUGAGAACAAGGAGGUCUCUGCUGUCAGACCGCAAACCAGCUGCAGGGGAGCAGCCCCGGGCUGGCAGUGAGGCUGGCAGUCUGUCCCACCGGAGGCUUUCUGAGGGGUCCACCUCUGGGUCCCACUGGGACAGGACUUACAACGCGUCCCACUGCUACAACAGGCCCAACUGCGCUCCGGGUUGGACUAAAGAGAAAGCUCCUUCACCCUCCCUGAGCUGCCCUGGCGAUGUCAAUGUUGGGGAAGAAUUUGCCUGCCAAGCUGCUCUCAGCCCUGGUCCUCAAUCGAGCAGAGUUUCUUUUGCCAGCGGGGCCUCCAAGUCUCCAAAACUGCCUGAAGAAAAGCCAAACUUGGAGAGCAUAUUAGAAACCCUGGAGGUCAAGCCAUCCUGCACGUCCACUCCAGCCUCUGGGAAGCUGCCUCCCAGGCGGAUGCUCCGGAAGGCCCAAAGCUUUGACUUCCCUUGCGGCGAGAGCCUGUGGUCAGGCUGCCAGAGGACGCUGAGCGAGCCGGCCAGAUACGGCAACACUGGUGUCUUUAUUAAGGGGCUGGAGGUGAGCAGCACUGAGCUGGUGGACAGGACUUUCGCUCUGCGGCAGCAAGCUGCUCACAGUUGGGCCACGGACUGCCUGCUGGAGGGACAGAGGGGCGGCCUCUCCGUGUCGGAAGCCAAGAGCUGGGGCAGCAAGCUGCGGCACAUCAUUGAUGAGAUGGUUACCACGGAGCGGGAAUAUGUGAGGUCGCUUUGCUACAUCAUCGAUAGCUACUUCCCUGAGAUGGAGCGCCUUGACCUCCCCCAGGACCUGCGUGGGAAGCGCAGCGUCAUUUUUGGGAACCUGGAGAAACUCUAUGACUUCCACAGCCAGUACUUCUUGAGAGAGCUCGAGAGCUGCUGCAACCACCCGCUGCGGGUCAGCCACUGCUUCCUCCGACACAAAGACCAGUUUGGGAUGUACGCGUUGUAUAGUAAGAACAAGCCGAAGUCAGACUCGCUGCUGGCCAGUCAUGGGAAUACCUUCUUCAAGUUCAAGCAGGUGCAGCUUGGGGAUAAGAUGGACCUGGCCUCCUACCUGCUGAAACCCAUCCAGCGGAUGAGCAAAUAUGCCCUGCUCCUGAAGGACCUGAUCAAGGAGUGCAGCGAGGCACAAGAGCAGGAGCUGGGCUACCUCCGUGCAGCUGAGGAGAUGGUGAAGUUCCAGCUCCGGCACGGAAAUGACCUGCUGGCCAUGGAUGCCAUCCGUGACUGUGAUGUGAACCUGAAGGAGCAGGGGCAGCUGGUGCGGCAGGACGAGUUUACCAUCUGGCUGGGCCGUAGGAAGUGCCAGCGACACGUCUUCCUCUUCGAGGACCUGAUCCUGUUCAGCAAGCCCAAGAGGAUCGAGGGUGGCUUUGAUGUGUAUAUCUACAAGCGCUCCUUCAAGACUGCAGACAUCGGUCUGACGGAGAACUCUGGAGACAGUGGCCUGCGCUUUGAGAUCUGGUUCCGAAGGCGGAAGUCCAGUGACACCUACAUUCUCCAGGCCAGCUCAGCCGAGACUAAGCAGGCCUGGACCAGUGAUAUUGCCAAGAUCCUGUGGCAGCAGGCAGCCCGCAAUAAAGAAAUCCGUAUGCAGGAGAUGGUCUCCAUGGGCGUGGGCAACAAGCCGUUCCUGGACAUUAAACCCAGCGAGGCAGCUAUCAAUGACCGUGCUAUUGACUACAUCAUGAAAGGCAGAGGUGCCAGGACCAGAGCAUCAAUCGCGGUGUCUCUGUUUGACCAUUCCAACCCGUACAAGAGGACCCAGGCGCAGCUCUCUGCUGGCAGCAACCCCCCUGCGUACAGCCCUUCCUCCUCCUCCCUGCUGGGCCCCCUCAACCUCCACAUGUACCUGGACCAGGCUCUGCUGCCGGGCGUCCUGGCCCCCAGCCGCCCCUUUGACAUCGGCACCUGCAUCGAGGAAGACGAGCUGGAGCACGAGACGAGCAGCCAGCCGUCACUGACAACAGAGAGCUCAGAGUCAUCGCACUGCAUGUCAGGCAGCGGCUCCAGCGGCUCCGACAGUGGCUGCGUCUCCAGCAUCCCACAAGAAAGCUUCUGUGAAGACUUGGGCUCACCCCCCUACAUGCCCCUAGGCUCACAGCACAGCUCUGCCAUGGAGGAGAAACCCAGGUUCACAAACAGCCAGUACAUUUCUGCAAAAGCAGGCCAGGUCACCAUAAGUCCCUCGACAAUAGUGUGA